ACAGUAAAGGCCAGCAGUCAUCUGCUCACUUGGAUAGACCUUUGGUAUCAUCUUCUCAUCACCUGCAUUACCUUGCAGCUGCAGAAGAAGAGGAGAGUCCAGAGCGAGUGGUGCAGAAGGAGAGACUGCAUGCGGAACUGAAACACGUCUUGAGUCUUAAAAGAAGCUUCACUGCAGAAAGGACACAGCUGUCAGGAAAAGACAUGGCCAUGCCAAUGGAGAUCACUGUGGUCCAGGAGACCCUAAAAAAGUCUGAACUCAUGGAAGUGGUGGUGGAGACAGAAGCUGAGGCUGGAGCCCGUGGUUUCAGUGUAUCAGGAGGAGGAGCACAAGGCAUUUUCGUCAAGGAAGUGCUGAAAGAUUCUCCUGCGGCCAAAGCCCUCAGCCUCAGAGAAGGAGAUCAGCUGCUUAGUGCCAGGGUGUACUUUGACAAUGUCAAAUAUGAAGAUGCCCUGAAGAUUCUUCAGUGUGCUGAGCCAUACAAAGUAUCGUUCCUGCUGAAGCGCAACGUUCCCAGCGCAGACAUCAGCACCUCGUCAGGCUCAGCCAGCCUGGAAGUCAAAGGUCCCAAAGCCAAGAUGCCAAAACUGAGUGUUAAAAGCAUUGCUCCUUUGAGAAAGAAAAAGAAGAAAGCCAAGGCCGGUUCAAGGUUAAGUGCAGAAGUAACUCUUCCUGCAUCAGGCAAAUUCAAGAGGGAGGCCUCACCAGCUAAGUUCGAGCUGAGUCCAGUGGAUGUGGAAUUUGCCUUCCCAAAAUUUCCAAAGCUGAAAGGUGUGAGCAAGACAACCACGGAAGGCGAUAUUAGCCUCAAAAGUCCAGAGAUACAAGCUAGCGUUGCAAGACGGAAGAAAAAGAAAAUCAGAUUACCUAGAAUGAGAGUAAAAGAUGCAGCAGCAGCAAGAGCUGUGGUGGAUGUGGAUCUAAAAUCACCAGAAGGGAAGGUAGAACUGGGUACCCCAGAAACUAAAGUCAAAACUAAAGAAAAAUCCACAAAAUUUGGAAUUUCUUUUCCAAAAACUAAGAAACCAAAAGUUGAUGCAGGACUUUCAUGCUUAGAGGCAAGCAAAGGGAUAAGUCCACCUGGAAUCAAAUUAAAGCCUCCAGAAGUAGAGUUUGACUUUAGCCUCCCAACUGGAAAAGCAGAUUCUAAGACUGCUAAAGGGGAGGUGAGUAAGGAAGAUGUCAAAAUCAAGACGCCUAAAGUGGAGCUUGAUUUUGGUUUGCCCUCAGGCAAAGCUGAAGCCAAAAUAUCCCACCCAGAUAUUAAUGUUAAGGACACAAUGAAAGAAGGCAUUAAAUUUAAAGCACCAAAACUUGAUCUGGAUAUCAGUUUACCAAAAGGAAAGGUAGAGGAUACAAUAGCUAUGCCAGAGGCUGAGGUGAAAAGUAAAGAUGGUUUUAAAUUUAAGCCGCCUAAAUUGGAUCUUGAUCUUAGUCUGCCUGCAGGGAGUGUUGACUCAACUGAAGGAGACCUAGAUAAGGAUGGAAGGCUCAGAAUGCCUCAAGUGAAGAUUCCAAAAAUAGGGGUUUCCUUACCAUCUGCUGAAUUUGAGGGUGACACUUCCAAAGACAGAUACAAAAGAGAUUCUUACGGCAAGGAAGACAAGCAUAAAGCUGGACUAAAGAUGCCGUCUAUUGACAUUGAUGCGCCAUCAUUAAACAUUGAAAUUGGCUUGCCAACAUCUAAAGCAGACAGUGAAGGAGAUGUGAAAUUUCAUCCAUCUGAGGGUAGUACAGGAGCUGGUUUGAAGGCUCCUGAUGUUGAAAUAAAAAUGCCAAAGAUGACACUUCCAAAAUUUAGUGGAGCUGAGGGAGAAAUUAAAGCUCCAAAGACAGACGUGCAUCGUGGUAAAAUGGAAAUAGAAGGUCCAGAUUUUAAACUAAAGGGGCCCAAAAUAAAGAUGCCAUCAUUUGGUGUUACCUUACCUACAAAGACAAGAGAUAAAUCUCAGGCAGAACAUGAGCACAUGAUUCAUGAAGAUGGUGAAACAGGAAAAAUUAAGUUACCAACUGUCAAAAUGCCUUCCAUUGAUAUCUCGGUGCCAGUUCCAGAUGUGGACUUGCAUCUUCCUAAAGGAAAGACAAGUGGACCAGAAGCUGGCAUAGAUAAAAAAAUUCAUCACAGCCAGGAAGAGUUGGAUAUAAAAAUGAAAAUGCCAAAAAUAUCCAUUCCAAAGUUCUCCAUGUUUGGCAAGUUAGAAACACCAUCAGCUGAUGUAAAUGUUUCCCCUCCUAAAGUAGAUGUUAAAUCUCCAAAAGCGGAUCUGACUCUCAGAGACAUUGAAGUUGAGGGGCCUUCUGCUAAAGGAGCUAAUAUAACAAUGCCAAAAAUUGAUAUUUCUCUACCCAAAAUAAAGUCACCGGAUAUGGAUCUGAACAUGCCUGAACUAGAUAUAGAGGGUCCUUCCAUAAAGGGGCCUAAGAUAUCCAUGCCAACAGUUGACAUUUCUCUUCCCAAAAUGAAACAUCCAGAAGGACACUUGGAUUUUGAAGGUCCUUCGGUAAAGGGGCCUAAUAUAUCAAUGCCAACAGUUGACAUUUCUCUUCCCAAAAUGAAACAUCCAGAAGGACACUUGGAUAUUGAAGGUCCUUCUGUAAAGGGGCCUAAGAUAUCAAUGCCAACAGUUGACAUUUCUGUACCAAAAAUGAAACACCCAGAGGCAGAUCUGGAUAUUGAAGGUCCUUCUGUAAAGGGGCCUAAGAUAUCAAUGCCAACAGUAGACAUUUCUGUACCAAAAAUAAAACAUCCAGAAGUAGAUCUGAAUAUUGAAGGUCCUUCUGUAAAGGGCCCAAAGAUAGCGAUGCCAACAGUUGACAUUUCCUUACCAAAAAUUAAACAUCCAGAAGCAGAUCUGGAUAUUGAAGGUCCUUCUGUAAAAGGCCCAAAGAUAGCCAUGCCAACAGUUGACAUUUCCUUACCAAAAAUGAAACACCCAGAGGCACAUCUGGAUAUUGAAGGUCCUUCUGUAAAGGGCCCUAAGAUAGCCAUGCCAACAGUUGACAUUUCUGUACCAAAAAUGAAACAUCCAGAAGUAGACCUGAAUAUUGAAGGUCCUUCUGUUAAGGGUCCUAAGAUAUCAAUGCCAAAAUUUGACAUUUCCUUACCAAAAAUGAAACACCCAGAGGCAGAUCUGGAUAUCGAAGGUCCUUCUGUAAAGGGUCCUAAGAUAGCCAUGCCAACAGUUGACAUUUCCUUACCAAAAAUGAAACACCCAGAGGCAGGUCUGGAUAUUGAUGAUCUAUCUGUAAAAGGCCCUAAAAUAUCCAUGCCAAAAUUUGAUAUUUCCUUACCAAAAAUGAAACACCCAGAAACAGAUCUGGAUAUUGAAGGUCCUUCUGUAAAGGGGCCAAAGAUAGCCAUGCCAACAGUUGACAUUUCCUUACCAAAAAUGAAACACCCAGAGGCAGAUCUGGAUAUUGAAGGUCCUUCUGUAAAGGGUCCUAAGAUAGCCAUGCCAACAGUUGACAUAUCCUUACCAAAAAUGAAACACCCAGAGGCAGAUCUGGAUAUUGAAGGUCCUUCUGUAAAGGGUCCUAAGAUAUCAAUGCCAAAAUUUGACAUUUCAUUACCAAAAAUGAAACACCCAGAGGCAGAUCUGAAUAUUGAAGGUCCUUCUGUAAAGGGUCCUAAGAUAUCAAUGCCAAAAUUUGACAUUUCAUUACCAAAAAUGAAACACCCAGAGGCAGAUCUGAAUAUUGAAGGUCCUUCUGUAAAGGGCCCUAAGAUAGCCAUGCCAACAGUUGACAUUUCCCUUCCCAAAAUGAAACAUCCGGAAGCAGAUCUGAAUAUUGAAGGUCCUUCUCUAAAGGGGCCUAAGAUAUCAAUGCCAACAGUUGAUAUUUCCUUACCAAAGAUGCAACAUCCAGAGGCAGACCUGGAUAUCAAAGGUCCUUCACUAAAAGGUCCUAAGAUAUCAAUGCCAACAGUUAAUAUUUCCCUUCCCAAAAUGAAACACCCCGAAGUAGAUCUGGAUAUACAAGAUCCUUCACUAAAAGGGCCUAAGAUAACCAUGCCAGAAGUUGACAUUUCCCUACCCAAAAUGAAACACCCUGAAGUAGACCUGAAUGCUGAGGGUCCUUCUGUAAAGGGGCCUAAGAUAGUGAUGCCAACAGUUGACAUUUCCCUUCCAACAAUAAAGCCUUCAGACACAGAACUAGAUAUUGAGGGACCUUCUUUAAAAGGACCCAAAAUAGGCAUUCCAAAAGUUGACAUCUCCCUUCCAAAACGAAAGUCAGCUGAAAUAGGUGUGUCAGUGCCUGAAGGAGACACCAAUCUCAGCAUGCCAUCAAUGAAAAUUCCAACCAUUGACAUCAACAUGCCUAAAAUAGAUCUUGAUUUAAGUAUUUCAAAGACCAUGGAAGGUGCAAGCAUGGAGUUGCCUGAAUCUACUACUGGUAGAAACUUCGAAGGACCUGACAUCCAUCUCAAAAUGCCUAAAAUUUCUUUGCCAACAUUUGGAGUCAAAGAUAAUGCUGAAGCAGAGUGUAAAGGUGAUGUGAAACUCCCAAAAGCAAAAGUUGAUAAGAAGGCUUCUGAGUUUGAAGGUAGUAAACCAAAGCUACCUACAAUUAAGGUUCCUGGACUUGAUAUCUCUGUACCAGAAGUGCCUGAUGUGGAUAUCAAUAUUAAAGCACCAAAGAGUAAGAGUGAUUAUACUGUUGAAGGAGACAUCAGUGGAAAACAACAUGAUUUCAACAUCAAGGGUCCCAAUGUUAAGAUUGAAAUGCCUAAACUUCCAAAAUUCAAGAAGGAUAAAAGUAAUGUGGAAGUUCAACCACCUCAUGUUGAUAUUGAAAGCGGUGAUGCCAAAAUGAAAGGACUUAAAAUUAAGAUGCCCAAAUUUGGCCUUUCCUUUCCCAAGGGUAAACUAAAAGAAGGUGAAGUUGACGUUUCAGGACAGAUGAAGGCCAGUGGGAAGAUGCCAGAAGGGAAGAUUAAAUUCCCAAAAGAAAAGCAUUCAAUGGAAAUGCCUGAUGUGAAUACAGAUACCACCGAUGGAAAGAUAAAGCUUCCAUCAGUGGCAUUGCCGUCUGUUGAUAUCUCAGCUCCAAAGAUGGACAUUGACUUCAGCUUACCUAAAGGUAAAAGGGGUGACAAGGAGCAAGUAGGGCUGUUAAAGGGAGAAGAUGAGAGACUUUCUUCUGGAGCCAGUUUUGAUGUCCCAGAUGUAUCGCUGAAAAUACCCAAGUUUACACUCCCGAAAUUUGCGGGCAAAGUAAAAACAGAUAAUGUUGAACUGGACAGCAAGCAUCUCAAAGCUGAUAUACAGCCUAGCCCUGCAAAGGUAGAUAUAGAAGGCAAAUUUCCUUCAGUAGAAUUUGAUGUUGAUGGCAAACCGAAAGAAAAAGAUAUGAAGAUAAAAAUGCCUAAAAUGAAAAUUCCUACUUUUGGUAUUACAAAGAAGGAUGAGGAUGUAACUGUGAUCACCCCAGAUGUUGAUACAAAGAUUAAAAAAGGAAAAGUGCAAAUGAAAAGCCCCACUAUUGAACUUGAAGGCCCAGAGGGGAAAGUUAAAUCACCAAAAAUCAAAUUCCCCAAAUUUAAAAUUUCAUCACCAAAGACAAAACUGCCUGAUGCCGAGGUUAAGAUUGGUACUGAGAAAGGAGUUAAAGAGGGUGUUCAAACUCCAGAUGUAACGAUUGACAUGCCUAAGAUUUCAAUGCCAAAAUUUGGAACCAAAGAUGGAAAAAUGAAUGUUGAUGUCAGUGUACCUGAGGAAGGAAAACUUAAAAUGCCAUCUCUUGAAAUUUCCCUCCCUACAGUUUCACAUAAAGAGGGUGAGGUGCUGCUGCCAAAGGCAGAGGUUGAUGUAUCUGAAGCAGACAUUAAAGGAUAUGAAGGUGAUCUUAAAAUCCCUAAAAUGCCAAGUCUUGACAUCUCUGCCCCCAAGUUUGAACUUGAUAUAAGUUUGCCUAAAGUUAAAGAUGACUCUGCCUUAGAUCCUAAGCUAGAUAUUAAAGCCAAGAAAGAAGGUGAUCUUGAUGGAACUGAUUGGAAAUUAAAAAUGCCUCAAGUCGACUUACCUAAAUUUGGCCACAAAGAAAAGAAUAUCAAUCUGGAGCUUGACAUUCCUGCAGGUAAAGCUGAUGCUAAAAUUGCUAAGCCUGAAAUUUCCAUAUCAAAAGCAAGCGUAGAUGUUCCUGACUUUGAAAUGCAAGGCGCGGAAGGCAGGAUUAAGAUGCCAAAAAUUAAAAUGCCUAAAGUGGAUAUUUCUUUGCCCAAGGGGGAUGGUGUUACAGAGAGUGAAGAUAAGAUUACAAGACCUGAGUUUGAAGAUCCUGCUGCGGACGGCAAGAUAAAGUUGCCUUCAUUUGGAAAACUCUCCGCUCCUACGGUAAAAGCACCUGAACUGGACUUUGAACUCAGCUUGAGAAAACCUAAACAUGAAACAGAAAUAGAAGGUAACUGGAAAGGGAGAAAGGGGGCUGAAACUGACUUGGGUGUUACUUCAGAAAAAUCAGAGUAUUAUAUCAAGAUGCCCAAAAUGAAAAUGCCAGAACUAUCCAUUUCUGGUCCACAGAUCAAAGGUAGUGAUCUUGAAAUUGAUGUGGGACUGUCAAAGUUGGACACCGGAAAAGAGAAGAUUAAGGGGGACUUACCCAAAAUACAAGGAAGUCCAGGUGUCACAAUUAAGGCCCCAAAGAUCAAAGCCCCAAAAGUAGAUGCAGAUGUGAAGGCACCAGAGGCUGAUAUUGAAGGAACAAGUGGAAAAUUUAAAAUGAAAAUUCCAAAGUUUGGUUUAUCCACAACAAAAGAUGAGGGUGAAGUUAAUGUAGACUUGCAGCAGGAGACCAAGUUUAAGGUUCCAGAUGUGGGAUUUAGUGUGACAAAAGAUGGAGACCACAGCACCAAUAUUGACCUUUCCCUUCCUAAGGACAGUAAAGUCAAAGGUCCUAAAAAGGAAGGUAAGCUUGAAGUUGAUUUGCCAUCUGUCGAACUGGACAUCCCAGAAGGUGGUAUCAAGGUGCCCAAAUUAAAGAUUCCUAAAAUUGGCGUGAUGACAUCCAAAGAGAUGUUAGAAGGAGAAGUUGCUUUUGUGUCAGACUCAGAAGAAGCAGAAGAAAAAGCAAAGAAGCAUCAUUUCAAAUUUCCCAAUGUAGAAAUUUCAAGCUCUAAACCUAAAGGGUAUGCAGAAGUAGAUGUCAAAACUUCUGGGAGAGAUAUGGACCUUGAAGGGCAAACAGAUGGACUAAAGUUAAAAAUGCCCAAAAUCACAGUACCCUCUGUCGGUUUUUCAGAUUCAAAAGACCAGCACUAUUCAACAGAACUGAUCACCCCAGAUUCUGAUGCAGACAUCAAAAUUCCAAAAAUUGACAUUAAGGUUCCAAAAAUUGACAUUAAUAUUCCAAAGGUCGAAAUUAAAGCCCCGGCCGUCAAUGUAAAGGCCCCAGAAGAGGAAUCAUUGGAGAUGGAUGAGGAACAUAAGUCCAAAGUUAAACUACCAGAGUUUGGAAUUGCACUUCCUUCUGUCACACGGUUAGAAACUGAAACAUCAGACGUAAAGUUAAAAGUCAAAGGACCACAAAUCAAAGUUAAAAAUGCUGAAGCGAUUUCCAAAUCACCACAGUCUGAUGGGGAUGCUGAAGGGCCAAAGAUGCCAAAAGUAAAAAAAGCUGUUUUUGCUUUUCCAAGGUUUAAUGGGGCAGAUGCGUCAUUGAGUCAUUCUCAAGGAGAAGUGAAUCUGGGGGCUGGAGAAACUAAAACCAGAGUUCCCAAAAUCAAAAUGAAACCCACCUUUGGAAAGUUGCGUUCCAAAACAAAAGGGGCAGAAGUGAAUGGGGAUGCAGAAGAAAUAGAUGGAGAGGAAGACGAAAAACAUAAAACUGGAAAAAUGAAGAUUCCAAAAGUCACACUUGCAGUCUCUGCGAAGACAAGUGAUGGGGCGGGAUAUCAUGUGAAUGGACAAAGUGACCCUGCUUCAACGAAUGCAUCUCAGCAAGACAAGAGUAAAUUUGGGAAGAUGAAGAUUCCCAAAAUUGAAUUUUCCUCACCCUAUUCCAAGGGGGCAGUAGAUGAAGGGGAGGCUGAAAUGAACAUGAAGCUGGUCAAGGAAGAGGAAGCAUCAAUGUCAAAUGGAGACAGUAAGGGCUUAAAAUUUAAAUCUCCAAAAAUCACAUUUUCAGGCUUUAAAAAGAAAACUGGCAAAGAAGAGAUUGAAAAGCCAGUGUCUUCCAGUGCCAGGACUGAAAUGGCCUGUCUAGAAUCUGGGGAUAAACCCAUCUCACAGUCUCCCAAGCCCAAAGUUUCCAUAGGUUUGUUUUCCAGCAAAUCCAGAGGAGAAUACACUGUGGAACAAAGAACCAAUGGUCAGGAGGCCCAAGAAGAAAGUGGCAAACAUCAUCUGGAAGGUAGAGGAGACAAGUCCCCCAAGUUUAAGCUCCCGAAAUUCUCCCUCAGCCCCAAAUCAAAAGGGGUCCUGGUGAUAACCCCUGAGAGUUCCCCAAAGGCAAGCCAACGUUCCUCACAACAAAAGGAAGGGGAAGAAUCAUCUUCUGGUUUUAAAAUCCAGAUGCCAAGGGUGGGAUUUAAGUCCCGUCAAGACGAGCACACAUCGGAGGAGCGGAUAAUCAUGGAUGAUGAGGAUGAAAGUGUGAUCAUCGUGUCUAAGACAUCUAAACACACAAUAACAGAAUCAGUGACUGAAAAAUCCACCACCAUUUAACCAGUCGCUCUCAGAGGUGGGACUAGAGACACAGUUAAUAGAGAAGAUGUACCACUCUGAUGCAGUUACAUGUUUCAAAGAAGCAACCAUUUUAUACAGUAUAUACAUUUUUGAUUGUUCUUUUUAAUUGCAGAGUUUUCUUUACUAAAUAUACAUUUGCUUUUAUGUUUUUUCGCUCCAAUUCACAUGUAUAGUUCUUUUACAUGGGUGCAUAUUCUGUGGAGUUCAGGAUAAACCUAAAGAGCCAAAUAGGUAACAACAUCCACAAAACACACGUGCACACAAGUUCACCUGACAGGUUUAAGUUUCACAACUAAAAAGUGCCAGUGACUGGACGAUUUCUUUUUAAAUUAUUUCUGCUAAACGUUGAAGAUAUGACAGAGGUGUUUCUGGCCAGCCAAUAUCUUAUUGUCUUCCAGUUUUCAGAAGUAAAACAGCAGAUGGCUGCACUUUCUUACCUGUUUAUUGUGAUGAGAUUCUAUUUGGACCGAGUAAGUGGCUGGAGGUUCAGAGAAGGUCGGGUAAAAGGACACAAAAUCCUGAAAUAGAACCUGCAGUUUGAUUUCAAAUGUGAUUUGCUUGGGCAUUGAUUUGGAAGGUCGAUGGGCUGUGUUUGUGCCUCAGCCUUCGCUGCUUUCAUUUGUGUUUCAGUGUGCUGUGACAUUCGGAAAGUCUUGCUGGUGACGUUUGUGAUGUGUUUUAGGUUUGGGAUUAUCAUAAAUGGUAGUUGUAGUACACAGGGCUGCAGUUAAACUUUUGAGAAACAAAUUUAAGGCAGUACUAGUCAGCGCUUAGAAUUGAGCACCAUUGAAGAUAAAAUCUAAUGAAAACAUUUGAACAUAAAAAGUACUGAAGGACCUCCGAAAUUAAAGCCAACAAAGUGAUCAAUGCAUCUCUAAGUUGUUUUUGUAGUGAUCCCUAUGAAUAUUUAUUUUUACUGUAUUUUACUAAAGGAUACAACACAGAAAAAAAGUGUAAAGUAAUGAGAAAAAGUAAUGAUGUCCAACAGUUGCAAUUUUUUCAUGUUUCAUGGGCUUUUCCCUUGUUACUUUCUCCCAAAGACAUGCAUUCUGUUAAAAUCUCUUUUAGUAACGGCAAGUACCCCAAUGCUGAAACCAAAUUGCCCACCUCCAUACUACUUCCCUCAAUUUCAGUUUCUGCUUUGUUUUAUUGCAUUCAAUAGGUAUUAAAGCCAUUAGAAAUAAGGGCACCACCAUAUUUGCAAUGCAAAAAACAUGGAAUGCAGAAAGUAUACAACACAGAAGACAGCAUAAAGCAAUGAGCAAAAGUAAAGAUACCCAAGAGACAUCAUCUUCACAGGUCUCACUGUCUGCAUGAGAUUUCCCAUGGGUACUCCCCCCGCCCCCCAAAUCUCAAAGACAUAACACACUGUUUACAUCGCAUUUACUAAUUGCAAGUACCCCAGUGCAGAAACGAGAUUGUCCACCCCCACACUACCGUUCUAGUUUUUUCUUUAUUUUACUAAAUACAACAACUGUGAAGUAAUUUAUAAAUAAAGGCAACACAAUAUUUGCAAUGCAGAAAAUAUGGAAUACAGAAAGUAUACAACAUAGAAGAUAGUUUAAAAUCACAGGCAAUAGUAAUAAAAUACCCAAGAGUCAUAAUUUUCACAUGUGCCACUCUCCUCCUGGGCUUCUCUCUGGGUAAUUCCUCCCAAAUCCCAAAGUCAUACAUGUGUAGCACUACUUGCAUCUCAGUAGUCUCCCUGCUUUUCCUCCCACAAUGAGAUGUGAGGGUCUAUAUCAGUGUGCCCCAUGAUGGACUAACUUCCUGUCCAGGGAUGGUGCUUGCCUUACACCUGAUGUUGUUCAGAUGUGCUCUGCUUCCCUAAGACGCUAACAUUUAAUCAGAUAGAUUUAGUAUAUAGAAUGAUGGUUGAUCCAUCAAUGGGUGAGUAAGUACUGGUCAGAAUCUUACAUAUAAAGUGCUGUUUAUUUAUCUUUACUGACUCACAGAGAGAUUUACUUAGACUUAGUUCCUUCCAUACCGAUCAUCGCAUUGGGUAGCAGGCAUUCACCAAUGACAUUGGUUGGCCUCGACCAUAGCAACUUCAAAGACAAACAGUAUAUUUUAUAUAUAAAGGGCUGGGAGAUGCUCAAAGUCAAAAAUUAGUCGAGGUCAAAACCAAGGGUCACCAAAUCUAUCGACGAAGCCAAAACAAGAACAAAAAUCAAAGCUCAGGAACAAGAGCAAAAGAUCCGAGAACCGAGAAAUCAAAAAUAAAGAUCAUGAAAGUCACAAAAGAUGAUAGGCUUGUUAUCCACAAACUCAGAUACAAAAUUGCAGUUAAAACAACCUUUUAACCUCACACCAAUUGUCCGCUCAAAGUUGUGACCCUAGAGGUCACACCCCUAGCAACCAAGAUCCACAUCACGAUGACAGAAUUCACAAAAUGGCAGCACUCAAGGAAAAACUAAAUGGUUGUCUCCAGAUAAUAAGUUCCUCAUAAACUAAACCUGACAUCUGACAUCCGAAUCAGAAUCACUAAAUUUCAAAACCGCAGAACAGAUUUUAAUUAGCUAGAAUUCAUUUAGGAUAAAGCAUAAUAAAUGUAUGAAAAAUAUCUAUCUAUCUAUCUAUCUAUCUAUCUAUCUAUCUAUCUAUCUAUCUAUCUAUCUAUCUAUCUAUCUAUCUAUCCUUUAUAUAGUGCCUUUCCUCUCUAUCUAUCUAUCUAUCUAUCUAUCUAUCUAUCUAUCUAUCUAUCUAUCUAUCUAUCUAUCUAUCUAUCUAUCUAUCCAUCCUUUAUAUAGUGCCUUUCCUCUCUAUCUAUCUAUCUAUCUAUCUAUCUAUCUAUCUAUCUAUCUAUCUAUCUAUCUAUCUAUCUAUCUAUCUGCUUGGUUGUCUGUCUGUCUGUCUGUCUAAUCUCAUUGUAUUUAUAACAUAAUAAAUCUUGAUGCUUGUGCCUUCAUCAGUGUGCUCAUAAUGAUGUGAAUCCAAGGCAGGCAUCUCCAAAAAUGGGGCAUUGAUACUCUUUGGGUCACAGCUCUCUCCUUAAGGAAUGUAAAAAAUAAUAAUAAUAAUAAUUCCCGGUUUUUCUGCAAUAAAAUUCAAGGCUGAUAAUGUUUGCCGUGUACACUAGAGACUCCACAAAUGCCUGCACACUUUGCUAAUUUGGAAUGAGAUAUCAACAUAAAAAGGACAAAUGUCGACAGAGAUGUGUGGAAAAUGCUGCUGUCAUAAGGUAGUGCAAGUCAUUAGAUUAUGGGUCAUAAUAAUAGAAAGUUACCCCAAUUUUGACAGAGAUUUGCUUAAGGAGCUAUGGAUGGUUUUGUAAGGUUUUGUCCCUCUGGGGUACAUCCCUGAUGGUGAGAUGAUUAUCAUCUAUAGCAGGUGGGUAUUAAAUAUGUAAGCUCUGCUACAUUGAACGUCAGUGUCAAAAUAGCAACUCAGACACACAAAGUAAUGCAUGGGGAAAAUGGCUUCUAGUUAUUCAGACAAUUCCCGACGCUUAAUGAGAGCAGAAUAUCAUCCAUAAGCUUGUGGCUAUGCAGAGGUGAGCAAACAUUCCUGGUGGAGCACUCUGAUUGAUUAUGUGCUUUUAUCACAGCUAGUUGUAAUAGUUAGCAGCUACUGUACUCUGAGUCUGUAGUGAAACCUCUCAGCAAAUUGUACUCUCCAAUAGAACAUGACUUUCUGCAAAGUAUCAGAAAAUGUGUCUUGUCUUUUAAGCACAUAUGGCUGGACUUAUCUGGCUCAGCUGUAGUCGGAUCGACUACUGUAUUUUCUGAAAUAAGAAAACAAGUGAUAGGAAGUACUUUGUGUGCUCAUGAGAAGUUCAUGGUCAUGCUCUGACUCUUCGGCCCUGCUGCCUACUGUAUUACAAAUGUGACUGUCAGUGACUAUUCAGAGUCAACAGCUAAGAGAGUGUGCUGUAUCUUAUAUGAUUCACUUCUUAGCAUUUCCCUCUGCGUUUAGAAUGUUCUGAGUUCCAACACCUUGUUCUCUGUAACUUCAGCUUGAUUUCUGUUGACUACUUCAGGCUUGGUCCUUACCUGACAGUGUAUCAUACAUGCUGGGUCUGACUACCUCCUGUCCCAUGUCACUCAAAUCUAAAUACAAGUCCAUAUCGUUCAAUUUGACAACAGCUGAAACAUGAUGAAGUACAAUUCUUAAAAUAUGGUGGAGGAAUUGUUUCUUAGAUAUCAUAUACCCACCACUUUAUAGGAAGGGCCCUGACUCUGAAAUGUUAAAAGUGAAACAGCAACCAAAAUCUCACAAAGGAAAAUGUUUGUUCAUAAGUGUAACUUAUAAUCUAAAUAUUAAAUUGGGUUGAAACAAAGCUGCAGCCACUGUGGUUUCCAGCUUUCACACAGUUGAGCACCUCAAAGUGGAUUACAAGUCUACACUCAAAUGUUUCUGCUUCUCUGCUGUUGAGUAUCUUUUAUCAAAUUGUAAACAGCAGUAAAACAAGGUCAGGGUGGCAUGUGGAUUUCAAAGAAAUGAUGAGGCUAUGUGAGAAGCAAUGAAAGUUACCCUGGCCUGCUGUGAGUUUUUAUUAAUUUUAGACCACAUUCAUCCCAAAUCCCAACAUUUAUUCUUCAAGCCAGGGGGCAUCUGAUUAAACGUUUAAAACAUUUUAGAAUAAUGGCUUCACAGAUGAUGCUUUUCAAUUUGGACCAGAGUGGUUAAUCAAAGAAGUUUCUUUUUUACAUUUCAAAAUAUUUUGUUUUUCUUUGAGUCGUGUUUGAGUGUUCACAGCUAUCUGCUUAUAUUAACAAGGGGGCAUGUGUCAAAAAAAAGAAAAAAGAAAAAAAUGUUAACUGAGUGCUUUAAUAAAUGAAUGUCAAUGUAUGUCCAUGAAAGAAACAGCACCUUCUUCAUAUGCCUGUAACUGUACUGUGCACUGACUAUAAUUAUAAUUAACAUAUGACAGAAUGCAACUUUACUGAUUGAAAGUAUGUCCUUUUUAUGUAGAAAAACACACAAUUAAACGUUUUUUACGAGUGAUACAGAAUUACACCAA